GAGGAGGAGGAGGAGGAGGGGGGAGAGCGCCUGUGUGUGGAAAAAGGAAGCAGAGCCUGUGAACGAAAGGCGAACUUACUGAUUUCCUACCUUCCCGAACGAGAGCUCUCAAUCUAACCGAUAUACUUUUGACGCGCAAGAUAUCAAGGAGCUACACCACAGCGAAAAGGGAAACGAAGGCAACCGUGUGUGUUUUUUUUUUUUCGGAAAAAGGCUGCCUCGACGAUUUGUACGCGAUUUACAUGAUCAAAGUGAGCCCAGGCCGUCUUUUGUUGAGGCAAGUGGCGGUUUGCCUGUGUAGCAGCUGAAGGAUAAAGUGUCUACCUGAUUGUUUCAACCCUCUGGUUUGUUGGACUUGGCCCAGGACACGGAGUUCAUUCUGCAGGGUCAUCCUUGGAGAGGAUUUCGUUUGUGAAGUAGUUUGCGGCGGUUACUUUGGAGCCCUAGACUCAUCAGACUGGCGGCUUUUCUGAAACACUGGGGUUGUUGGUGUGGCUGAAUUUUCCCUGGAUUUGAUUGGUAAAUUCAGAAGACUGAAGCCCAGGCUCACAGUCUACCUUUCACGGAGGCCCAGCCGUGAGAGGACUGAGGAAGGCACGUGGCGAAUCAUGACCGCGGACAAAGACAAGCCAGACAGGGAAAAGGACAGGGACAGAGACCGAGACCGGGAGCGGGACAGAGACCGAGACAGGGAGCGGGACAGAGACCGAGACAAGAGGGACAAAGCCUCCAGGGAGAGCGAGAGCUCUCGGCCGCGCCGCAGCUGCACGCUGGAGGGCGGAGCUAAGAACUACGCCGAGAGCGAGGACGAGGAUAAUGAGAACAGGGGAGUGGCCGGGGGAGUAGGCGGGGUCAACAUGGGGAUGGGGGAGGAGUCAGGGAAGAAGGGAAAGAAGAAGAUGAUUAAGAAGAAGUCGAGGUAUGAACGGAUGGAGAACGGAGAGAUCACUUCCUUCAUUACUGAAGACGACGUUGUUUACAGACCUGGCGAUUGUGUAUAUAUGGAGAGCCGCAGGCCCAACACGCCCUACUUCAUAUGUAGCAUUCAGGAUUUUAAACUGAGUAAACGUGACCAUCUGUUGCUGAGUGUUAAGUGGUACUACCGCCAAUCAGAGGUCCCUGACUCGGUCUACCAACACCUGGUGCAGGAUCGCAACAAUGAGAACGAUUCUGGCCGGGAGCUGGUCAUCACAGACCCAGUGGUCAGGGGCAGAGAACUCUUCAUCUCUGACUAUGUGGACACCUACCAUGCUGCGGCCCUUAGGGGGAAGUGUAACAUCGCCCAUUUCUCCGACAUCUUUGCUGCCAGGGAGUUCAAAGCUCGCAUCGACUCCUUUUUCUACAUCCUGGGAUACAACCCAGAGACCAGGCGACUAAACAGCACGCAGGGAGAGAUCAGAGUAGGGCCCAGUCACCAAGCCAAGCUUCCCGAGCUGCAGCCCUUCCCCUACGAGGCCCCGGGGGGCCUGGGUCAGGCUGUGACCGAGAAUGAGGAGCUGGUGUGGAUGCCAGGGGUCAACGACUGUGACCUGCUCAUGUACCUCAGGGCUGCAAGGAGCAUGGCCGCCUUCGCUGGGAUGUGUGACGGAGGUUCUACAGAAGACGGGUGUCUAGCAGCCUCACGAGACGACACCACACUCAACGCACUUAACACACUCCACGAGAGCAGUUAUGACGCAGGCAAGGCCCUACAGCGCCUGGUGAAGAAGCCUGUUCCAAAACUCAUAGAGAAGUGCUGGUCAGAGGACGAAGUGAAGCGGUUCAUUAAAGGGCUCAGACAGCACGGCAAGAACUUCUUCAAGAUUCGGAAAGAGCUGCUACCCAACAAGGAAACGGGUGAGUUGAUAACAUUCUACUACUACUGGAAGAAGACUCCUGAGGCAGCGUCGUCCCGAGCCCACCGUAGACACCGGCGCCAGCCUGUGUUCCGACGCAUCAAGACGCGCACCGCCUCCACCCCCGUCAACAUCCCAUCUAGACCACCCUCCUCAGAGUUCUUGGACCUAAGCUCAGCCAGUGAAGAUGACUUCGACAGUGAAGACAGUGAGCAGGAACUGAAGGGUUACGCCUGCCGACACUGUUUCACCACCACCUCUAAGGACUGGCACCACGGUGGCAGAGAGAACAUCUUGUUGUGUACAGACUGUCGUAUCCACUUUAAGAAGUACGGCGAGCUGCCCCCCAUCGAGAAGCCAGUGGACCCGCCCCCGUUUAUGUUCAAACCUGUGAAAGAGGAUGAGGAUGGACUCAGCGGGAAGCAUAGCAUGAAGACCAGACGCAACAGAGGAUCGAUGUCGACGCUCCGUAGUGGCCGUAAGAAGCAGACAGCCAGCCCUGAUGGACGAGCGUCUCCAACCAAUGAGGACCUCCGGUCUAGUGGCCGUACCUCCCCCUCCACAGACAGCACUGACAGCAAGACAGACCCCAUGAAGAAACCCAGCAAGAAGAUCAAGGAGGAGUCUCCAAUGAAGUGUGCCAAACGCCAGAGAGAGAAGGGCGGAGCCUCAGACAACGAGGACACAGACAACAGGACAAUCGCCAAAAAGUCCAAGACCCAGGAGCUGGGUCGGUCCGACUCGCCGUCGGAGGGCGAGGGCGAGAGCUCCGACGGGCGUAGCGUCAACGAGGAGUGUAGCAGUGACGCUAAAGACAUUGACCAGGACAACCGCAGCUCCUCGCCGUCCAUCCCCAGCCCCCGAGACGGGGAGAGCGACUCGGACUCCUCCGCCCAGCAACAGCUGCUCCUACUGCAGAGACGGGAGAGGGAGAGGGAGAGGGAGGGACAGGGACACCACCCUCCGGUUAUCCAGCCCUGUCAGCCAGGGACCUCCAGUGUUCGCUCCACCACCCCUCCUUUACCUCCGACAUCCUCCUCAGCCCCUUCACUGGUCCCCCAGGUCUCCUCUCCCUCCUCAGCCUCCUCACUGGUCCCCCAGGUCUCCUCUCCCUCCUCAGCCUCCUCACUGGUCCCCCAGGUCUCCUCUCCCUCCUCAGCCCCCCCUUCUCUUCCACUGCCUCUACCGCCUCCCAUGCCCCAACAGGCCGGCCCCCUCUCUCUCAUCCAAUCAGGGGUGUCCCUCCACCCCCAGAGGCGGCCCUCCCCCUCGCCUCAUUCGCCGCUGCAGGGGAUUUCUCAGGCUCCACCCCCAGGACUGCCAGGCUCCACCCAGUCGCUACCGAGCGCACUCCACGGCCCUCUCCCCCACCCAUCAUCCAUGCCCCACCCACUUCAGGCUGGCCCCUCCCACCUGCCCCACCCCCACUCCUUGCCCCCUCAAGGCUUCCCAUUGGGCCCCCAGUCUCAGGUCCCGCCCUCCCCACAGCCUCUCGGCCAAUUGCAGCAGCCGCCCCACAGGGCCCACACGCCCCCCAGCCAAUCGUCAACCCAGGGUGGAUCGUCCAAUCAGCCGCCCCGCGAGCAGCUCCUACCCCUCGCCCCCUCCAUGUCGAUGUCUCACAUCAAGCCCCCUCCCACCACCCCCAUCCCCCACAUGCCCAACCGUGACCCCCAGUCCCACAAACACCUCUCGGCGCCGCCCUUCCCCCAGAUGCCCUCCAACCUGCCCCCUCCGCCCGCCCUCAAGCCCCUCUCCUCCCUGUCCACCCACCACCCUCCCCCUGCCCACCCUCCUCCCCUCCAGCUCAUGCCCCAGGGCCCAGGCCAGCAGCUCCAGCCUCCAUCGGCCCAGCCCCCUGUCCUCACCCAGUCCCAGAACCUCCCCCCUUCAGAGAGAGAGAGAGGCACCCAGCACCACCCUCCUCCCCCUCCUCCUCCGCUACCCAUCUCCGGACCAUCACCAUCUUCCCACUCCAACACACCCCAACAGCCCCCGUUCCCUCCUCACCCCUUCGCUCCCAUCCUGCCCCUCUCCUCCGCUGGCUGCCCUCCCCCCUCCUCCUCUCUACCUCCAGGCCUCCAGCCUCCUUCCUCUUCCUCCUCCUCCUCCUUCUCCAUGCCGCUCACAGCCUCCGUUGGCUCCGCCUGCCCAGGUCCCGCCCUCCCGCCAGUACACAUCAAGGAGGAACCUCUCGACGAAUCAGAGGAGCCCGAGAGCCCUCCACCCCCUCCGCGGAGCCCCUCCCCCGAGCCUACCAUCGUCAACACACCCAGCCAUGCCAGCCAAUCAGCACGGUUCUACAAGCACCUGGACCGGGGUUACAACACGUGUGCUAGAACAGACUUCUACUUCACGCCUCUCGCUGCUUCUAAACUGGCCAAGAAGAGAGAGGAGGCGCUGGAGCGAGCCAAGAGGGAGGCGGAACAGAAAGCCCGGGAGGAGAAGGAGAAAGAGAGGGAACGGGAGAAGGAACGAGAGAGGGAACGGGAAAGAGAGAAGGAACAGGAGAGAGCGGCGAAAGCCUCCAGUUCGUGUCAUGACGGUCGUAUGGGUGACCACCAGAUAGGUGGCUCCGCCCACAUGCGUCCUCCCUUCGACGGCCCUCCCACUUCCAUCGCCGCGGUGCCCCCCUACAUCGGUCCCGACACGCCCGCCCUUCGCACCCUCAGCGAGUACGCCCGCCCCCAUGUUAUGUCCCCGACCAAUAGGAACCACCCCUUCUUCGUCUCCCUCAACCCCAACGACCCCCUGAUGGCCUAUCACAUGCCUGGCCUCUACAACGCCGACCCGGGCAUGCGGGAGCGCGAGCUGCGGGAGCGGGAGAUGAGAGAGAGAGAGAUGAGGGAGAGGGAGCUGAGAGAGAGGAUGAAGCCUGGGUUCGAACACAAACCCCCGGAGUUAGAAGGCAUGCACCCCUCGGCUAACCCCAUGGAGCACUUCGCCCGGCAUGGGGCCAUCUCCUUACCCCCCAUGGCGGGACCACACCCCUUCGCCUCCUUCCACCACGGCCUCAACCCCCUGGAGAGGGAGCGUUUGGCGCUGGCUGCGGGACCCCAGCUCAGACCGGACAUGAGCUACCCGGAGCGGCUGGCGGCGGAGAGGCUGCAUGCCGAGAGGAUGGCGGCGGUGGCUAACGACCCUAUCGCCAGGCUUCAGAUGUUCAACAUCACGCCUCAUCAUCACCAGCACUCCCACAUCCACUCACACCUACACCUGCACCAGCAGGACUCCCUGCACCAAGGUGGUGGCGAAUGUCUUGUAUGUCCUCCCGGUUCGGGGGGGCACCCCCUCGUAGACCCUCUGGCAGGAGGCCCCCACCUCGCCCGCUUCCCCUACCCGCCUGGCGCGAUCCCCAACCCCCUCCUGGGUCAGAACCCACACGAACAUGAGAUGCUGCGACACCCUGUCUUCGGUACUCCGUACCCCCGGGACCUCCCUCCCCAGAUGUCUGCAGCCCACCAGCUCCAGGCCAUGCAUGCUCAGUCUGCAGAGCUGCAGCGGAUAGCUAUGGAGCAGCAGUGGCUACACGGACACCACCACAUGCACGGGGGCCCGCUUCCUGGACAGGAGGACUAUUACAGAUCAUGCAGACGUUUCAAGUGAUCUCGAGUUCCAGAAAUGGACUCCUUUUACAGAAAAACCUGAUGCCGCCUGAAGAAGGAAAGCGACAAGCAACUGUAACCGAUCAAUGGGGAUUCAGAGAUGCGUUGGAAGUUGCCUAGGACACAGGAAGUACACAUGCAAGAACAGGAAGUAGUUACAGAACAGUGAGUCAGUCAAAGGAACCCGACCUCCGCUCCUCCAAACAAUUCUCGUUACCAAGGACAACAGAAACCCAAGGAGGAGAGGAGGAUUGUUCUGUUGUCUGUUUUCUUUCCCUGUCCGUGUGGGGAUGUUUUUCUUUUUCCAAGAACAUUGAGAAAGACUUUGUUUGGUGUAACUAUAGCCUUCAAGUAGUGACAACGACCUCGAGACUGAUUUGUGACUUUCCUGCAUGAAAACUUCUCUAAAGCGUCCACAACGUGUUUUGUAGAUGGUAGAAAUGCAAGACACUUUUGUCACUCUGCUAGUUCACGGAAAAUAAAAAGAUUAGAAAGGAGCGUUCCAGACAUUAAAUCCACGGAAAGAUUAAAAAACAAAAGUGCUAUCUUAUUUUAAUACAUUGUUGGAGGUUUUCAUAAUUUUAACGAAAAGCUACAGCGUGGCGUUUUUUCUGAGUCUGUAAAUAGUAUAUAUACACACACACAUAUACAUAUACGUAUAAUUAUUAUUAUAAUUAUUAUUAUUGUUACUAGGUGUGGACUCUGAACCAAGUCAUUUAUAAACCUCCAAUAUGUUACUGUGUUCUGAAGCAUUAUGCCAUGUUUCAACAGGAGGGGUGGGGGGGGGGGGCAUCAUGGCAUUACUAGAGAAGACGAUGGUUACAGUCCUGAUGUGAGCUGUGUAGUCACACACACACACACACACACACACACGGUCCCAUCCACCUUCUUUCAUUAUACACCCCUUGACAAGCACCUUAUUGUCAAACAGAAUGCCUAAACUCACUGUUGUUGAGUUAAUGAUAUGAGACACUUGAAGAGUGGAUCAGCAUACUGUCCUGUCCUGUCCUGUCCUGUCCUGUCCAAGCCCCUGAUACAGACACCAUCUAUUGCACUCAAAGGAAGACCGGAUAGAGUCCUUCAGCGUUUUUAAUUGGUUUUAAUACUCAUCUUCGGUAUUGAGUCAACAAAAUUAAGAUUUUUUUUUUUAAAGAUUAGGCAGAUUUUUAACCGGUUUCAUGUUUUCUUUUAAAAUGUUUUAAAUUAUCUUUGACAAAAAGUGUAUCUUCGUGUUUCUAAACUACCCCGAGGACCCAACAGGCCUUUUUUAAAUGUGUUCUGACUGUGGGUGAGUGGAGUGGCUGGGACAGUUGGAGACCUCCUGUUGGGUCGUCCUCCAGAGCAUUGUGCUGUGCUGCCAUAUUCACUGUGACACUAACUACAUGGGAGGAGGUGGGGCCUAGCUACAUGGGAGGAGGUUGGGCCUAGCUACAUGGGAGGAGGUGGGGCCUAGCUACAUGGGAGGAGGUGGGGCCUAGCUACAUGGGAGGAGGUGGGGCCUAGCUACAUGGGAGGAGGUGGGGCCUAGCUACAUGGGAGGAGGUGGGGCCUAGCUACAUGGGAGGAGGUGGGGCCUAGCUACAUGGGAGGAGGUGGGGCCUAGCUACAUGGGAGGAGGUGGGGCCUAGCUACAUGUGAGGAGGUGGGCGGGUCCAGUGCUGGGACCAGACACUUAACUAAAGGGGCCUAGCUACAUGGGAGGAGGUGGGGCCUAGCUACAUGGGAGGUGGGUCCAGUGCUGGGACCGGACACUAGACAGUAGAGAUGUAAUGGUGGUGGUCCUACUCCCUCCAGGCUCUCGCUGAUCUCCCCUGCUGGCUGGUCAGCCUUCCCCUCUGCCUGCACAGCUUCUCCUGGCCUCCCCUUCAAGGGCAUCAGGGGCACCAGGCCAUGUGGUGGGGUGUGUACUGUAUGCCAUGACAUUGACUGUUAAAAGCAGUGUUCUGUUCAGUUCACCUGACUGUCAUACCAGUCUAAUGGAUGUUAACCCUCACCUUUCCUGUCAACCCUCACCUGUCCUGUUAACCCUCACCUUUCCUGUCAACCCUCACCUGUCCAGUUAACCCUCACCUGUCCAGUUAACCCUCACCUGUCCAGUUAACCCUCACCUGUCCAGUUAACCCUCACCUGUCUUGUUAACCCUCACCUGUCCAGUUAACCCUCACCUGUCCUGUCAACCCUCACCUGUCCAGUUAACCCUCACCUGUCUUGUUAACCCUCACCUGUCUUGUUAACCCUCACCUGUCUUGUUAACCCUCACCUGUCCUGUUAACCCUCACCUGUCUUGUUAACCCUCACCUGUCCUGUUAACCCUCACCUGUCCAGUUAACCCUCACCUGUCUUGUUAACCCUCACCUGUCCAGUUAACCCUCACCUGUCCAGUUAACCCUCACCUGUCUUGUUAACCCUCACCUGUCUUGUUAACCAUCACCUGUCUUGUUAACCCUCACCUGUCCUGUUAACCCUCACCUGUCCAGUUAACCCUCACCCGUCCAGUUAACCCUUACCCUCCAGUCAACCCUCACCUUCUACUCCUUUCUGGUCCAUACAUGACCACGAACAUGUGCUCUGUCUGUCUGUCUGUCUCUCUGUCUUCUCCUGUACUCCUCACCUCUUCAUCUUCCUCUGUCUCCUCUUCCUCACAACCUCCCUCCUCCUCCAGCAUUUUAGUCCACCCCUCUCUGUCUCUCCCUCCUCCUCCAAACCCUUGGAUGUUUAGUGUUGUCAAUGGUUUAGCUUCUCCUUUCAAAGCGGCAAUAGCAGAAUGUCAAUACAUUCUGACCGGCUAAGAUUUAUAUAUAGAACUGGUAUCUUGAAGCUUAUUGUAUAUAUUAGAAGUCACCAUGGGGAUGACGACACGACAAUGUAAACACAAAGUAGAAAUAAUAAGAAAAAUUGUGAUUCCUGUGUUCUUUCUCCAUUUGAGUAUUUUGUAUUUUUUUUUGAAAAAUGUGUGGAAUUAAAAUAAACAACUAAGUUACACCACAA